AUGGCGAUAAAUGAAGAACCUUGGGAUUUCAAUGAGGAAAAAGAAUCAAAGGCUUGGAAGGCAGCAUGUGGCGAAGAGAUCGAGUCCAUAACAAGGAACAAAACUUGGGAUAUGGUCGAUCUUCCUUAUGGGUCAAAAACAAUUGGUCUGAAAUGGGUUUUUAAGUUGAAGCGUAACUCGGAUGGGAGUAUUAAUAAGCACAAAGCACGACUUGUAGCAAAAGGCUAUGUGCAACGACAUGGUGUUGACGUUGAUGAAGUAUUUGCUCCGGUUGCACGCAUUGAGACAGUUCGAUUUAUUAUUGCACUUGCAGCCUCAAAUGGAUGGGAGAUACAUCAUUUGGAUGUUAAACAGCGUUUCUUCAUGGAAAAUUAA